AAAUACAAACAAACAAAUAUAAAAAUGAAAAAUGAGAAAAAGCAGUAAAAAAAAAAAAAGUGACAGCUGUUAAGAAGGGAUCGUGGUAGGGUAAUUGUUUGUCCCCACACACAAAAUAAAAACCCUUCUUCUCCCGCUCUUCACCUUCUUGAAUUCUUCUUCUUCUUCCUCAAAAGUACAUAAUAACAAACAAACGCUACAUUUUAGAGAUAGAGAGAGAAAGUUUCUGUGUCUGUGUUGUGUUGUUUAUUUCUUCCUCUCUGGAUAACAAUAAUAAUAUGGAUAUGGAUACACCAGAGAGGAACCAGAUCAACACUACUCUCUCUAAAUUCGAGGAUUCACCGGUAUUCAACUAUAUCAACAAUUUGUCUCCUAUAAAGCCAGUUAAAUCUGCUCACAUUACUCAAACUUUCAAUUCACUUACCUUUUCAUCUCCUCCAUCUGUUUUCACAUCACCACACGCCGCUUCUUUCAAGGAGUCGAGAUUCCUACGCCGACAUAGCCUACCGGGCGUAUCAAAGCCUAAGGAUUCGUCUGAAGAUGUAAAUAAAGUGUACUCAAAUGAAGGGGCUCUUGCAGAUUCAACUCUUUCACAGCAUAACUCAUGUGAAUUACAUGACAGUGCUGGUCAAGGGAUUUCGGUAGGAGAUGCUACUAUUGAGCUAUCGAACGAACAGGCAAAGUUCUCAGAUGAGCUACCACAGGCAUUACAGUAUAAUUGUGGUAGUCCUGGUUAUGAUCCUCGGCUAUGUGGUGAUGCGGCUAACUCUCUUUUGGAAUUGUCUGGUGAAGCUGUAUCAGAUGUUGCUUAUGUUCGGGAUAGUGGUAAAACAGAUUCGGUUGAGGCUGAAUUGCAUCUUCAAGGAACAAGUCAGAUCGAUCCAAAGGGUGAAGGCUCUGACUGUGAUUGGGAUGGUUUAAUUCACAAUGCUUCUGCUGAUGUGUUAAUUGAUGCGGAAGCUUUCAAGGGCUUAGCGUUUAAGGGUCUAAUGCAUGGCUCUUCUAUACGGCUUAGCGAUUUUGUUCCCUUGUUACAACAAUCUACCAGCAAUAAUGAUCAGAAAGCACACUUGGUGGACUCAGUUGCUUCUGGUUCUGAACAUGAAAUUCACAAUCAUUGUUCUGAGCUAGUUGCUGUGACGGACACUUGCCCUUCACAGGACAAUCUUGCUAAUGGCUCUUUGAUGACUAGCGAUCCAAAUGAGAAAAUGGAUAAUGAGCUUGUUUCUGUGACGCACCGUGGUAUUCGGAGGCGCUGUCUUGACUUUGAGAUGGCCAGUGUGCGAAAGAAGAUCUCAGAUGAUAAUUCAAACACCGGCUCUAGUACAACACAGUCUGAAGUAAGAAAUGCUGCUAAUGAAAAACAACUGCUCCCUGCAAAGCGCAAUGCAAAUUCACAAAGGUCCAUUUUGCGGGGUAUCGGUUUACACCUGAAUGCACUUGCUACCGUAAAGGAUCACAAAGGCAAGCAAAAUGAAAAUGUGACUUCUGGAGACCAACUCGGUCUGGCCAGCUCUACUUCCUUGUUACUCUCUGCGUGCCAAGAAAAUCAACGUCUAUCGAUUUUAUCUGUAUCGGUAUCCUCUGAAAGAGAAACGGACCCAUCAGACAAUGGGGUUCAGCCCCCUGAAGAUUGUCCCCAGGCACUAGCUUACAUGGCUGCUGAUGAUUUCAACCAGAAUAGCCCCAAAAAGAAAAGGCGUAAGUCAGAGCCAGUUGGCGAAACUGAGGGCUGCAAACGUUGUAAUUGCAAGAAAUCAAAGUGCCUGAAGCUUUAUUGUGAGUGUUUUGCUGCUGGUGUUUACUGCAUAGAACCCUGCUCCUGUCAGGAAUGCUUCAACAAGCCUAUUCAUGAAGAUACUGUUCUUCAAACUCGCAAACAGAUUGAAUCCCGCAACCCUCUUGCAUUUGCUCCUAAAGUCAUACGAAGUGCAGACUCUGUGCCUGAAAUUGACCCAAACAAAACUCCAGCUUCAGCACGCCAUAAAAGAGGGUGCAACUGCAAGAAAUCAAGCUGCCUAAAGAAAUAUUGUGAAUGCUAUCAGGGUGGUGUUGGUUGCUCCAUUAACUGCAGAUGUGAAGGGUGCAAGAACGCAUUCGGUAGAAAGGAUGGAUCUGCUUCAAUAGGGAUAGAAGGUGAGACAGAAGAAGAAACAGAAACAAGUGACAAGGGUCUGGACGAAAAGGCUAUUCAGAAAACUGAAAUUCAAAAUAUUGAAGAUCAUCCAGAGUCUUCUUUGGUCUCAACACCGUUACAGCUUUCCAGGCCAUUGCUUCCGAUGCCCUUUUCAUCAAAGGGAAAGCCACCAAGAUCUUUUGUUACAACCAUCACUGGUUCUGGAUAUUUUGCCAGCCAAAAGCAUGCGAUGCCAAAUUCUCUAUGGUCUCAAUCUAAGCCUUUUCAGACUAUUCCAGACGAUGAAAUGCCAGAGAUUCUCCGUGGUGAUAGCUCUCCUAUUGCAUGCAUCAAAACAUCAUCUCCAAAUGGCAAGAGGAUCUCUUCUCCUAACUGUGAAAUGGGAUCAUCUCCUGCUCGCAGAGGCGGAAGGAAGUUGAUAUUACAAUCUAUUCCUUCAUUUCCUUCUCUCACCCCUCACCCUUAGAGUGGUUACAAUUUUCAUUGUAUGUUAACCGUCACCCCGUUUCCUGUCGUUAGUAAUGUUUUUAGUUUGUUGCAGACUCUGCAACAGAAGUCAUGCUUAAAUUUUAUGUAUAUUGAGUUUGUUUUACUAUGGUAAUAAUAUGUUGUGUUUCUUCCAUAAUGUACUCCUUUGGUAAUAAUAUGUUGUGUUUGUUCAAUAAA